AGCGCGCGCGGGCCCCGGGGCGCGGCCGGCCGGGAUGGGGACCCCGCGACCCCGCUAGCCGGGCCCCUCCUGGGGCUCCCCGAGGACCGCCCGCGCCGGGAAGGGGCCGCCCGGCCGGGCAGCGGCAGCGCGCGGGGCUCCGGGACGCGCCCUGCCCGGAUGGCCCCGCCGAGAGGGGCUCCGGGGCCCCGCUGGGCGCCCGUGCUCGUCGGCCUGGCCGCGCUGCUCCCCGCAGUGACGUACAGCCGCAGCCCCCUGGAGAGUGUCCAGCGGUUCUCACUGCUGCCCACCUACCUGCCCGUGGCCUUCCGUGUCCAGCACGCCGACGGGGCCUUCUUCCUGAAGGAAGCCAACCAGGACAUCAUGCGGAACUCCAGCCUGCAGUCUCGCGUGGAGUCCUUCCUGGUCUACCGGGCGCGGCGCCCGCCCGUGCUUCGCGCCAGCUAUGGACCCUUCUCCGCAGAGCAGGAGGUGCCCCCCGAGCUCCUGCCGCCAUCGCCAGGCUGGCGGCUGCGCGCCCACGUCCUGCAGGAGCGGAUCCACCGCGGCCGGCCGCGCGCACACGUGCUGUUCCACGCGCUGGGCCGGGACUGGGCCGAGCCGGACCCCGGGGCCUCGCGGCUGCCCUGCGUGCGCGUCUUCGCCUUCCGGGAGACGCAGGCGGUGCGUGGCAGCUGCCGGCUCCGGGGCGAGCUGGGGCUCUGCGUGGCGCGGCUGGACCUGCCAGCCGGCUGGUUCAGCCCCCCGACGGCGCCGGCCGGCAGGAAGAAGCCGGCGGCCGAGCCCGCCGAGGGCAGCCCCGUGGAGCUCUACUACAGCCUGCCGGCCGGGGAGCCGCGGGCCGACUGCGCCUGGCCUGAGCCCAGGGGGGACAGUGGCUCCCGUGGGGGCCAUGGCGACAUGGACGAGUCGGGGCCGCCCCUGCAGCGGAUUGGUAGCAUCUUCCUGUCCCCGAGCCCCGGCCAGCCGCCCCUGCUUGAACUGCAGCUGGACGAGCACGUGAGCGUCCACUAUGCAGGGCGGACGGUCCGGCCGGGGGCUGUGCUCACCUUCCCCGUCUCCGUCUCCCGAAACUGCUCUGCAGAUCGCUUCACGCUGAGGGCGAAGGUGAAGAAAGGCGUGAGCAUCGUCAGGGUGACGGCCAGCAGCCCUGGCCUCUGGGAGGUCACCGAGAGCAGGGACCCGGCCGUCAUCGUGUGCCGCAGGAAGGCCACCGCUGCCGCCACAAGCAGUGGCCCUGGAGACCGGGGGACAGGCGCCUCGGACGAGGUCAUGCGGAUUGAUGUGGCUAUCGCAGAGCCCGGAGAGCCGGCGGCCGCCCAGCUGGUCACAUGGCAGGUGGAGUACCCGGGAGCCAUCACGUCCGACCUGGGCAUCUCCAAGAUCUACGUGAGCCGCAAAGAGCUGCUUAGCAUCGUCCCGCUGGCCACGGAGGCGGAGCUGCUGAACACGGCCGUGCUCACGGGCAGGACGGUGGCCGUGCCGGUGCGCGUGGUGGCCGUGGAGGAGGACGGGGCCGUGGCUGAGGUGCGGGGCUCGCUGGAGUGCUGGUCCUCGGACGAAGACGUCGUCAAGGUGUCCGAGCGCUGCGACUCCGUGUUCGCCAACGGGAAGGAGCUGCGGGGCCGCGUCGGGGCCACGGCGUUCUUCCGCCACCAGGAGCUGAGCCGGGCUCUGGCGCUGACCGUCUGGGCGCCGCGGCUGCCCUUGCAUAUUGACGUCUCCGACCCUGAGCUCAACCAGAUCAAGGGCUGGCGCGUGCCCGUCGCGGCCAGCAGGAGGCCAGGCCCAGAGGACGAGGAGGAGGAGGAGGAGCAGCGCAGGGCCCGCGGCUGCGCCCUGCAGUUCCAGCGGGCCACUGUGCGGGUCCUUGCCCAGUUCGUGGCCGAGGCGGCCGAGCCCGGGGCACCGCCCGCGCACUUGCUGGGCCCUGACUGGCAGGUGGACAUCACGGAGCUGGUGAGGGACUCGAUGCAGGUGGACGAGCCGCGGGUGGCCGCACUGCAGCAGGGCCACGUCCUGGUGGGCCAAGAGCUAGGCAUGGCCACGCUGCAGAUCCUGUCCCCGCUGUCGGACGCCAUCCUGGCCGAGAAGACCAUCACGGUGCUGGAGGAGAAGGUGGCCAUCACCGACCUCGGGGUGCAGCUGGUGGCAGGGCUCUCCCUGUCCCUGCAGCCCAGCCCGGGAAGCAGCAAGGCUGUCUUUGCCACGGCCACAGCCCAGGAGCUGCUGCAGAGGCCCAAGCAGGAAGCCGUCCUCAGCUGCUGGGUCCAGUUCAGUGACGGGGCUGUCACGCCCUUGGACAUUUACGACGGGAAGGACUUCUCCCUGCUGGCCACGUCCUUAGACGAGAAGGUGGUGUCCGUCCGGCAGGACCCCAAGUCCAGGUGGCCCACGGUGGCCGCCGAGAUGGAAGGGCAGGGCGGCCUGGUGAAGGUGGAGCUGGCCAUUAGCGAGCAGUGCCAGAAGUCCAAGCGCAGGAGCGUGCUGGCCGCGGGGACGGCCGACCUCAAGGUCAAGUUCGGCCCGAACGAUGUCCGCCCCAACACCAGCGAGGGCAGGUACACGGGGGCAGCGGCCCCCCUGGAGACCGGAGCCGGUGACCGCCGGCCCCGCUGGCCCCUGCAGGAAUGGGGCGGCCGAGGGGGUGCAGCGGCCAGUAGUUCAUCCGUGGGCCUCCCGCAGGGCCGAGGCCUGGCCACACAGAGGCCUGCCUUCCCACGGCAGGACGAGGAGGGGCCUCACACUGUCCCGUUCGGCCUCACCAGCCUCCCCGGCCCGAGGGGCCACCCUGGAAGUGGCGGAGCCCCAGCGGAGGACGAACUGGCCCAGGCUGCCCAGGGGCUGAGCGACCUGGAGGUGGGCAUGUACGCGCUGCUGGGCGUCUUCUGCCUGGCCAUCCUGCUCUUCCUGGCCAACUGCGCCGCCUUCGCGCUCCGGUACCGGCGCAAGAGGGGCCCCUUCGAGGAGGCGGAGGGUGUGAGCCACGCGCACGACUGGGUGGGCCUGAGCCAGCGGGCUGAGCUGCUGGAGAACCCCGCCGGCUUCGCCUCCUGCCCCGAGGAGCAGACCACGGCCCUGGACAGGGGCCUGGACUUCGAGGAGAGCAAGUACCUGCUGGCCAGCGGCUCCCCGACGAGCCCCAACGGGCAGCUGUGCAGGGCCGUGGGCGCCCCGGCCCCCGGCGGGAGGGAGCGGAAGGCCGAGCCCCCUGCCUCGCCCACGUCCAAGCGAAAACGAGUGACAUUCACCACCUUCAUCCCCGCCUCGCCCGACGCCGGGGGCCCCGCCACGCUGACCCACGGGGAGGGCACUGGCCGCUGGGGCUGCCAGGGUGUGGACGUGGGGGCCCGUGAGGGCCAGCUCUGCAGCUGGGAGCGCCCGCACGAAGGCGUGUGA